UACAAAGUUUCUGCACAUUAUAAAACAUUUAUUUGGAUCAUCUCCUUUUCAUACAACCGGAAACAAAAAUACAAAUGGCAAGGGAAAUGGAGGUUCUUUGAAUACUGCUGUUCCGUUGCCGAUUGAAGUAUGUGAGCUGGAUUUCCAGCUGGAAGGACUUUACUUCCUGAUCAGGUCAUCAAAAAGCAGAAACUGGAAUUCUGCACUGGUAUUGUGAUAGCUGAGAAAUACUGACAGUUUGCUGAUGAAUAUAGGACAAUGGAACUAUGUUUUCAACAAGCACUUACAACUGACACAAAUGAGAAGUACGCAGGCAACUAUUGGGAAAUUAUGAUGUCACAGGUAAAGGUUUUGCCUUCCACGCAAUUUAUGGGAAACAAUAGAUUGGAAAACAUGGCAUACCAGAUUCAAAAUGCGCAGCGAAAAUUCAUGGGGAACUGUAAAAGAGCAGCUCCACCAGCUUCCCGGACUGCAUCAAUGCCAGAGUUGUCUAGUGAGCACUUUACACACACACCAAGUUUGAACAGCAGGAAUGGAAAUGAUAGAUUUAGCUACAAAAAAGGACUACACCAGUACUAUUCAGGCUCUACAAAGUGUAUAUCCAAUUUGAACCACUCUGAUAUUCCUUUCGCAAAAUAUGGCCGGAGAAUACAAGAAUCCUCAGCUUACAAAGCAACUAACGCUGAAAUUGCUUUUGCUGCAAGCAUUGAGAAAGUUCGAAUAAAAGAGUCCUGUAUGCAAAAGAAAGAGUGUAUUACCGUGGUAACAUCUGAUACUGUAAAAUAUCACCAAUUACCUAAACAAAGCAUUGUAUCAAUUUACACUGUCGAUGAAAACCACGGCAACAACAAAGAAACAAUAUAUUAUACAAAGAUCGAGAAAGUAGACAUUCCUUUUUCAUCAGUACCUAUCAAAAGCAUUAACAGCAAUAGAUUAUUGUUGAGCACCAAGAACGAAAACCUUGUUGUUCAAGUUUUAUCUGAAGAAUCUGGAUAUAGCACGAAAAAUUGUUUUUUUAUUCCACAUUCCCAUUUCAGAGCACCACAACCUGAGGUAAAAGAUGAAUAA